UGAAUUUGUUAACAUCAAUUCUUAAAAAUUGUCUCCCUCACCUCCACACCGUCGCUGCUCUAUUCACCGCCGUAGUAUCGGCGGCCCUCACGCUGCCGCCGCGCUUGCCAGAAUGAAGCUGAGAGUGGUCUCCAGGAAGAUUUAUGACUAUGUUCGAAAAGAUCUGAAGGAGAUAGCAUUUCCAUCGUCGUUGCCUGAUCCGCCCCACAUCAAAAAGCGCCAAAAGCUUACUUGGAAGGAGCGAUACCUUGUGUUGAAGGAAGCAUCUAGACUGUAUGCUGCAAGCUGGGUCAGGGAUAUUGGUCCAGAACUCAGGCCAAAUGAAUACAAACAGAAACUGGAGAAUGAAAAUAUCCUCAAUGGUGAAAAAGGGACGUCGAAAGAGAAGGAACCGUCAACUCUAGAGGAUCUUGCUGUGGCUGCAAGAGGAGGAAUGGAGACGUUAAGACCUGCUCUGCAACGAGUUUACAUGACCAGAGCUUCUGCUUAUAGAGAUGCACUUAAAAGUUUUAUCGAGGGUUAUCAAGAGGGUAUACAACAAGUUAUGGAGAAGAAGGAAGAUUCUAAAAAUCAACAAGAAUCCCACCCUCCCAAAGGAUAGAUUUCAUUUGCAAGAGAAUUGGUCCGAUUCCGCGAUUCCAUAUCUUUGGAGAAGUUCUUGUUGUAACUAGCAUUAAAGGACUUUAUAAUGUGCUGAAUCGAGACAGAACACAUUCCAUAUUUUCCUGAUUCAAAAAGUGGAAUUAACAUAUUAUCUGGAGACAGCAGCUUAAGAGAGAAUGGCUGUUCACUUGUUUGUGACAGUUUUCAAGUAAACAUGGUACUACAUUCUUUUA